CGAAAACUUGCGUUAGCUAAAUCUAGCAGCAGUGGUGUGCACGUGCACUGAAAGCAGGUCCACAACGCUAUAGAUUUCGGUAACGGCUCCGGUAGAAAUGGACGGUUUCGGUUCAGACUUCUCAGCCGGUGGCUCAGGUGGUAAAGUGGAUACCGGCACGAUAAUGGAGCAGGUUAAAGUCCAGAUUGCGGUGGCUAACGCACAGGAGCUGCUGCAGAGAAUGACAGAUAAAUGCUUUAAGAAGUGCAUAGGUAAACCUGGAAGCACGCUGGACAACUCUGAGCAGAAAUGUAUCGCCAUGUGUAUGGACCGGUAUAUGGACGCCUGGAACACUGUGUCCCGAACAUACAACUCCAGAUUACAGAGGGAAAGAGCUCGCAUGUGAACAUCCCUCUUGUCCCCCUUCCCUUCCUCAGGCUGCUGCUUACAGUGAGGAAGAGCACAGUGCACCACUGGAGGCCAGCAGCUGUGCACAGGUGUGUCACCGUAGCAGCACACCAUCAACUUCCAUCACAAUACCUCACGGACAGGCACAGCAGAGCCUGUGGACUCUAGCCAUAACAAUGUCUCUGUGGACAUUUUCAUUUUGCGCUGAGGAACAGUUCAGUAACAAAGUUUGAUGAUUUUUGUUUUUAUGUUAUAAAUGAUUAAUCUUCUGGUAACAAGUCAACACACAUUGUAAAAAGCUUAAAUUUGGACCCACGUGUCAAUAGACGUGGCGGUCAAAGCAAUUGGAAACUAAAUCGCCUGAGAGAACGUAAAAGUGUGAAUGUGUGUGUAUGUACGUGUUAGCCCCUGGUGAGCUCUCCAGGGUGUACCCCAUGUGUUGUGCAGUGCAUGCUGGGAUAUGUUUCAGCCCCAGGCAAGGUGGCAAUUUUGAAUUAGUCAACUGCAGCGCUAUGGCUUUGUUUUUUUUGGAGCAAGUAUUGUAUUAUAUUAUUUGUUUAAUACAGUGUGGCUUCAAUAGAAACACUGACACCUUCCUAUCAUCAGACUAAGGUUGAAUGUGUGUUGUGUUCAAGAGCCUCUAUCAGGACACAUGAAACUGAGAACUGUAAACAGUCUCUCAUUCACUACAGUUGCUCCUUUACAACUGUCAGCAGUGUGCCCAUGCUUGUUGCCCAUUGUCUUGUCUUGUCUUGUGUUUGUGCUCAGAGAGAGACUAAAUAUUUGUCCUUAGUAAAUAAACAGCACAACCGGAGCCCUUAAGGGACAAGCCAGCUUUUCCUAAACAUGCUUUUGACUCUAAAAGACCUACUUAAAAUCACCAGGAAGACUUGAGGAGCAACUUGGUGUUUUCACAACCGUGAACCUGACAUUCACAAGCCUCCAAACAGUCCUAUAUCAAAGUACGCCUGGAGAACAAAACUGUUUUGUCUGACCUGCUUUCUAGUUGUCACCCUAUCUGCCGCCCUCCACAGUAGUGGGCUUGUUUCAGCAGGGUCUGCCUUGCUGUACACGGGGUACUGAACCUUUCUCAGCUUUGUGUGCACGGUUUGUCAAAGUCUGGGAACCACAGUUGUUUUUUUUCUAUCCUGAUGAGCUUCUGUAGGGAAGUAAGAGCCAGGAAAGCCUGUGAACAUUCUUUGCAGUGUGAUUGUGAGAAAAUGGAAUGGUUUUCAUGUAAAUCAAUAAAUCUUGUCAAUCAGA